GGCAGAACAAGAGACGUUAGAACAAUGGUUCCGGCUUCAGUGCUUUCCAGAUCGAAGUUCUUCUUCAUGCGCAAUGCUGCUGUGCUGAACACGGUGAAGACGUCAGCGGUGAAGAAGAACUUCACGUUGGCUUCCACGAUCAAUACGAGAUCGUCAGUGCUUUCGAGGCUGCUACCAGCGAGUCGUAAAAUCAGUGCAUUCACCUCGAAGCGUCAGUUCUCCACCUCCACGGUGUGGAGGGACGUUGCUGCUGCUGCUCUCAGGGAGGAGCCUGUUGCCAAGACGAGAAAGAGAACGCUCAUCAACUCUUCGAAUGCCGUUGCUUAUUGGUUGCUAGGGACAUCUGGUCUUGUGUUUGGUAUCGUUGUCCUUGGAGGAUUGACCCGUCUCACCGAAUCCGGGCUGUCCAUUACUGAGUGGAAACCCGUUACCGGAGCUAUUCCUCCAAUGAACAAGCAGGAGUGGGAGGAAGAGUUUGCUAAGUACAAAGAAUCGCCAGAGUUCAAACAGUUGAACUCACACAUCACCUUGGAAGAGUUCAAAUUCAUCUUCUUCAUGGAAUGGGCUCAUAGACUCUGGGGAAGAGCCAUUGGUGUUGUUCUGCUGGCUCCGGCGGCAUACUUUGCAUUGACUAGAAAGACCUCUCCUAGGGUCAACAACAGAUUGGUUGUAUUGACAUUAUUGCUCGGUUUACAAGGUGCCAUUGGUUGGUGGAUGGUUAGAUCCGGAUUAGAUCAAGAACAGCUCGACGAGAGAAAGUCCAAGCCAACAGUGUCACAGUACAGAUUGACAACCCAUUUGGCUGCUGCCUUUGUGCUCUAUUCUGCUAUGAUCUGGACUGGAUUGGAGAUUCUUAGAGAGAACAGAUGGGUGAAAGACCCUAAGAAGGCUCUGGAGUUGUUCCAGGAAUUAGACAACCCUGCUUUGAGACCAUUGAGAAGACUCUCAAUGGGACUCGUUGCCUUGACAUUUAUCACUGCCAUGUCUGGUGGUUUGGUUGCCGGGUUGGACGCUGGUUUAAUCUACAACACUUUCCCACACAUGGGUGACAACUACAUCCCAUCAAAGAGAGAGUUGUUCGACGAUAACUAUUCCAGAAAGGAGGAUAAAUCUGACAAGUUCUGGAGAAACAUGCUUGAAAACCCAACCACUGUCCAGCUGAACCAUAGAAUCCUGGCCACAACUACAUUCUUUGCCAUCCUGGCAACGCAUUUGUAUGCAAGCAGAGUGAAGCACAUCAUUCCAAAGGCUGCUAACAAAUCCCUACAUACCCUUAUGGGAUUCGUCUCUUUACAAGUCGCGCUGGGUAUUUGCACUUUACUAUGGCUUGUUCCUAUCCCAUUGGCAUCUGCACAUCAGGCAGGUGCAUUGGCACUGCUCACAAGUUCUCUGGUAUUUGCUUCAAGACUUCGUCAACCAAGAGCACAGAUUAGAAUCUUGACAUCUGGAUUGUACGCUCAAUACCUGAAAUCUUCGAAGGAGGGUGCAUCCAAAGUGUUGUCUGAACUGCUGAAUCGGAUUACGGUUGAAUUAAAAAAUGGUAUUGAAAUCACAGGAACGCUAAAGACCGCUGAUCAAUAUUUCAACUUGAAGCUGGACAACAUCAGAGUUGCAAACGAGGCCAAGUUCCCACAUCUCAGUGCUGUGAAGAGUAUAUUUUUGAGAGGUUCCACGGUGAGAUACGUCUACAUGAGCAAGACCGACGUUGACACCAACUUAUUACAAGACGCAGCAAGAAGAGAGGCCAUGGCAUCUUCUGGUAAGCAAGUACUUGGUCGUUGAGGUUUUGUACCACUUUUAGGAUUAAUAUACAGUAACUGUGUUAUAUACAACGGUGUAAUGGG